UUAUAUUAUUGAGGAGACAAAGUUGACCACAAGAAUUGGUUUUCAUACAUAGAUGAAGAGAUCUCCAUUGGUAACAAGAUCUCAUCAAUCCACAAAAGCUGGUUUGGCUCUUUUCUCUUUCAGGCUUCGAUCAUAAAACAAGUCUAUAUGGCUGAGGCUGUUGUUUCCAUUGUGGUGGGAAGGCUCGCAGACUUUAUCAUUCAGGAAGCGAACCACUUCUGUAGAGUUAGGGAUCAGGUUGAGCUUGCACAAACAGAGCUUCAAAUGAUGCAAGGCUUCUUGAAAGAUGCAGAUAAAAGGCAACAAGACGAUGAAACAGUGCGCAUUUGGGUUGCCAAAGUUAGGGAUGCUGCUUAUGAUAUGGAGGAUGCUAUCGAAACUUUUUCCUUCAAAGUCUCUUCCAAGACGAGAAGGCUUGCUUGUAUCUUGAUUAAAGGAAAGGGAGUUCACAAGAUCGUUGCAGAAAUUGAGAAAAUCACUACCAAAAUCUCUAGCUUGAGGUUGAGUUUGCAGACCUACAACAUCAGAGAAAUAAGGGAGAGUAGAGAUGGUGCAACCUCUUCGUAUCAGAGGCAGCAACAACUGAGGCGAACUUACUCUCACAUUAUUGAACGUGAUGUUGUUGGAUUACAAGACAACAUAAAGGAAUUGGUUAUUCAUCUGGUGAAGGAUGAGAAUUGCCACAAAGUUGUUUCUAUCUGGGGCAUGGGUGGUUUGGGAAAGACCACUCUUGCAAAGCAGGUUUAUUAUCAGAGUGAAGUUAGGCGCCAUUUUAGUUGUUUUGCUUGGGUGUGUAUAUCUCACAGAUUCCAAGUAAGGGAAGUCUGGGAAGGAAUUUUGAUUAAACUCAUUUCUGCCACCAAUGAGCAACGAGAAGAAAUUGCGAGAAUGAGGGAGGAUGAAAUUGCCAAAAAGCUUUAUCUUAUUCUACAAGAAAGGACAUGUUUGGUGGUUCUUGAUGACAUCUGGAGUAUAGAGACAUGGGACUCUUUGAAAGCUGGAUUUCCACAUGAGAAAACUAUGAGCAAAAUAUUACUCACUACGCGCAACAAAGCGGUAGCUCUGCACGCAGAUAGAAAAGGGUUUCUUCACCAACCUCGGCCACUAAAUGACUCUGAAAGUUGGCAAUUGUUUGAGAUCAUAGCUAUUUUUGGAAGGGAGGAAACAAAUCCUGAAAUCCACUCAAAGAUGAAAGAGUUGGGAAAGAAGAUGCUUCUGCAUUGUGCAGGUUUGCCAUUAGCCAUCAGUGCACUUGCCGGACUUCUAGCUAGAAAGGACACAAUUGAUGAGUGGAAUACAGUGCAUAAGAAUGUUUUUGCAUACAUAAGAAGAGGAAAAGGCCAUGAACAAGAAUAUGCAGGUGCAUCAUGGGUUUUGGCAUUGAGUUAUGAUGACUUGCCAUACCAUUUAAAACCAUGCUUUCUAUAUUUAGGUCACUUUCCUGAGGAUUUUGAAAUACCAGUGAAACUAUUGACUCAAUUAUGGAUGGCAGAAGGUCUAAUAUCUUUGGGGCAACAAGGACAGAGUUUCAUUGGAUCAUUGGAAGACAUAGGGUACAGCUACUUGAGUGAGUUAGUGGAAAGAUGUGUGGUUCAAAUUGGAGAAAGGGGUUCAAUUAGAAAGAUUAAAACUUGCCGCAUCCAUGACCUUAUGAGAGACUUGUGCUUGUUAAAGACAGAAGAGGAGAACUUCCUUCAAAUUGUCAACUUUUCGCAUAAAAAAGAGGCAAUGUAUCCUUCUGCUUCUUCUACAGUAAGUAUCAGUAAAGUUCGAAGACUUGCAAUCCAUUUGGAUGAUAAGGCUGACAGAUUGGUUCCCCCUAGAGAUGAAAGAAAUGGCCACCUCAGGUCCUUGUUAUACUUUACCCCAAGAAACUGGAUGCCACGAAAUCAAAGAUUGGUACAAUCAGUUUUUAAGGUCUUCAAAUUGCUUAGAGUUUUGAGGUUUGAAAAUAUGAGUACAGAAGUAGAGUUGCCAAGUGACAUUGGGAAUAUGGUUCAUCUCAGGUUCCUGAGCCUAAGGCGUUGUCAUAUAAAACGGUUGCCAUUGUCCAUAGGGAAUUUGAAGAGCAUGCAAACUCUAGAUCUUAGAUUUCGUCAAUUAGAUAUUGUUCCAAAUGUGCUAUGGAAGAUGGAACAACUGAGACACUUGUAUUUACCCCUGUACUACCGUGCAAGUGGUAAACUGCGGCUUGAUACUCUUCACUAUUUGCAGACCUUACUGCAUGUUGACAAUUCUCAUUUGAAUGAUAUUACUGAACUAACCAAUCUUAAAAAAUUGGCUGUGCAAGUGUCGAGCCCCUUGAAGAAUCUGGAGAAGGUAUUAACAUCUACAAGCAGCACACUUGAGCGCAUCAGGUCUCUAUAUGUGCACAACUUAGUUGGAAUUCAUAGUUGUGCAGAGGUUUCCCAAAUAGUUUCAAAAUGUCACAACAUAUAUAAGCUUGAUUUGAAUGGUCCAACUGUAGAGUUACCAAAAGACCUUCAGGGCUAUCCAAAUCUCACCAAGUUGUGGUUGUGUCGUUGCUUUCUAAAGGAGAAUCAAAUGUCAGUACUAGAGAAGCUGCCAAACUUAAGAAAUCUUUAUCUCCAAUCCGGUACGUUUGAGGACAAUGUCAAGACACUAGUGUUCUCCAAAGGAGGCUUUCUUCGUCUUGAAUUUCUCUCCCUGAGCUACAUGGACGAAAUAGAUGGGUGGACUGUGGAGGAAGGAGCCAUGCCUAGUCUCUGCCAAUUGCACAUUUCGCGGUGUAGAGGAUUGACCACAUUUCCAGAUGGCUUGAGAUACAACAGCAGCCUCAAGAAGUUGAGCAUUACGCGGAUGCCUAGGACCUUCUAUAGUAAGCUUCAGGAAGGAGGAGAGGAUUUCUAUAAAAUCCAACAUGUGUCUUCGCUUGUAUUUGGAGAGGCGUGCGACUAGAUCUUUUCAUGUCCAGGAUCAAGUAGAAAAAUACGUGGAGUGGUGAUCAUCCAUUUCACGGCCAUUCCCAGGACAAGGAGAAAUCUGCAAUUCAAUCCAAAAUCAUGCAGACCUUUUUGAAUUUGGAGAUUCAAUCUAAUCUGCCAAAGUGCCAAUUGUUAAAACACGUUCAUCUUCAGAUCAAGAAAGUGUUCAGAAUAUAUAAUCUCAACUCCCCCUAGAAACAAACAUCUAU